AGGUUCAUCACGUUCAAAAUGUCGCAAUCUGUAACUCCUAUCCGAGCAUGGAAUCGCAGGGGGGGCACGACUUUCUCUCGUGCACGACUGCCGUAGACCGCGGCAGUUCAGGUACAUUCAGCAACAAGUUUUUACCAAAGAAACACUUGAGUUUUGACUGGUGCUCUCCAGUGGACAAGUUCGGUGCAAACUGAUCACACGAUACUUCAGGAUGCAGCUGUCAAGGAUACCGUCACUCCUCGUCGUCUGUUACCUGAUAUUGACAUGCGUGACAGCCGCCCCUAGUCCACAGGAACCUGCGUUCGAAAUUCCAGUACAGCUUGUCGGUUUCCCCGUGAUAAUAGCUGCCGUAAGAAUAACGAAUUUCGUGAAAAAGUUAGCCUACUCCUUGAACCCUGAAACUUACACGAGUCGCGUAAGAAGAUCGUUGCCGCGUCCUCACGAGGAAGAAAUUCUCGACGUUGGACAAGUCGAGAAAAAGCUCAUAGCCGAGCUUGGGAAUAACGUUUGCAUUUACGAGAGGAUAUGCUUCCGGUAUGCAGCCAGGACUCUUCAGCGCAGAAGCAAGGAACGGGUCCUGGAUUGGGAUAACGUGUUCAGUCAGUAUAAAUCAUCGCCUGAUCCAAUGAAGGAGAAUUACUUGUUGAGCGUUUUCAUGGGCGACAUCAUCGGCAGUCCUAACCUCUGUCAUCAGUUGGCCAAACGUGGACGUGGAUGCAAUGACGAGCUAUCCGAUUGAUGUGACAUCGACAAACCAUUAUCUAAGAUAGAGCUGGAGCCUUGUAUAGAUUGUAAAUAAUUCAUGUACAUCUUAAUACGUCCUACUGUUUGUAUAAUAAAUUAUUAAGCGUUAGGAGAAAGACUGGAGAUAAAAGAAAUGGAGGUAGGAUCCUCUUAUAUUUUGUUCGGGGACCUCGACCUCCACUUUCUCCGAUUGGCUUUACUUUGGCGCCAGUUUCAUGAAUAGUUAUACACUCGGACGUCGUCGUCGUCAUUAAUCAUGGGAUGACUUUUUGGAUUCCCCGCGUAUGUACAUAGAUAAGGGAUUAUUUAACGAGUAAGGAAGUUUUUGUGAAAUAAAUAUUUCAAAAAAGAAAAAAAUAAUAAUG